AUGGCGACCUCAAUGAGGGGUUUGACCCAGUACAUAUCGGAUCUCCGAGCAUGUCGAGUUCGAGAAUUGGAGGAGAAACGUAUUAAUCGUGAGAUGGCGCAUAUAAGGCAGAAAUUCAAGGAUGGUAAUUUAGAUGGAUAUCAGAAGAAGAAAUACUUGGCAAAAGUCGUCUUCACUUAUAUAUUGGGGUAUAAAGUGGAUGUGGGUCAUAUGGAAGCUGUUAAUCUGAUAAGUAGUGGGAAGUAUUCAGAGAAACAGAUUGGAUACCUCGCAUGUACGCUGUUAAUGCACGAGAACUCCGACAUGGUACGACUAGUGAUCAACUCGUUUCGAAAAGACCUGGAUGAUCAUAAUGAAAUCAACAACUGUUUGGCUUUACAUGCCAUCGCUACGUUGGGAGGUCAAGAGAUGGCAGAAGCGUUGGGUGAGAAUGUAUAUAGAUCGAUGAUCAGUCAGACAUCAACUACAUUUGUCAAGAAGAAAGCAGCCUUGACGUUGCUGAGAUUAUAUCGAAAACACCCAACGGUACUACCAGCAAAUGAAUGGGCAGAAAGGGUAAUAUACAUGAUGGAUGAUUACGACCAUAGUGUGGUAAUGACGAUAACGACCUUGGUCACUGCGAUGGCUCAAGAUCAUUUAGAAGCGUUCAGUGGAUGUUAUCAGAAAGCUGUCAACAGGCUGGAUAAGAUUGUCUUUGAUCAAGAAACACCUGCAGAAUAUGUAUACUACAAAGUUUCAAAUCCUUGGUUGCAGAUCAAGCUGUUGAGAUUACUUCAGUACUACCCUCCACCAGAUAAUCAAGAAGUAAUUGACAUGGUAAAUGGUAUAAUUCAAGCCAUCAUCGAUACCUCGCAGGAAACUCCUCGAAAUGUCCAACAUAACAACGCUCAGAAUGCCGUCCUGUUCGAAGCUAUCAAUUUGGCAAUCCACAUCGAUCCAGAGUCCAAAGUAUGCCAUAAUGCAGGUAUACUAUUAGGUCGAUUCAUCAUGGCCAAAGAGACCAACGUACGAUAUUUGGGGCUGGACGCCAUGGCUCAUUUGGCUGCCACUUCUAGCUCUUUGGACUCCGUCAAGAAACAUCAGAAUAUAAUCAUACAGAGUCUGAAAGAUCGUGAUAUCUCUGUCAGGAGACGUGCUUUAGAUCUAUUAUAUUCAAUGUGCGAUACCACGAAUUCGAAAAUCAUUGUUGGAGAAUUGGUUAGGUACCUGCAAGUGGCUGAUUACAAUUUGAGAGAAGAGAUGGUGUUGAAGAUUGCUAUCUUGACCGAACGAUUUGCAACCGAGUAUGAGUGGUAUGUCGAUACGAUACUGCAGCUCAUCGCUGCUGCUGGGGAUCAUGUGGGAGCGGAAGUAUGGUAUAGAGUAGUACAAUUGGUCACAAACAAUGAAGAUCUUCAGAAUUAUGCUGCUCAAGCUGUAUAUCACCACUUGCAGGCUACAUCAUGUCAUGAGAAUAUGAUUAGGGUAGGAGGUUACAUACUGGGAGAGUUCGGACAUUUGAUCGCCAACGAACCUGGGUGCAGUCCCAUCGAGCAGUUCCAAGCAUUACAUUCCAAGGUCAAUCUGUGUACAGCACCGACUCGUGCACUACUACUGACAACAUAUAUUAAGUGGGUAAACCUAUUCCCUGAGAUCAAAGAUCACCUCGUCAACAUAUUCGAACGAUAUGCCCACGUUUUAGAUGCGGAGUUACAACAACGAGCUUGUGAAUAUCUUGCCCUAUCUCAAAGAGGUGAAGACGACGAACUGCUAUCGACGAUAUGCGAUGAGAUGCCAGUGUUCCCCGAAAGAGAAUCAACAUUAGUAAACAGAUUACAUAAGAGGGGCGAACAAGCUCAGGAUAAGAGGACGUGGAUCAUUGGACAUAAAGAGGAUAACAAAGGUAGAGAAGCUGAGAGAUUCAAGAGUUUCAGAAAAGGUACAGCAGACUCAAAUACGAUAGUAUCGGCUCUACCCCCAUCUCAAUCCCAGCCACCGGCACCUCUUGCCCAGGCUCAGCCACAAGCUCAAACGCAAAGAUCUAUGAGUAUAGGCGCGGAUACGAUGAUGGGUACGACAUCUCACGGACCAGCCGAUGAUAUCAUGGCUUCCCUAGCUGAAUUGGAUCUCACCAAUGGAGGUUCGGGUGGUGGAACCAUUCAAGAUGAACCACUCUUGAUGCCUGCUCCUACAGGUCAUACGGGUGCUGCUGCGGAUCUAGCUGGAUUGUACGAUGCUCAACCGAUAGAGCCUCAGGCGCCAGCUCCGGUACAAGCCAAUGGAGGCUUAUCUCAUACCGCUACGCUCGGUGGGGUCAACCCAGCUUUGUUGGCUACUCUUACUGUAGGAGACCAUAUUGAAAAGUGGUUCGAGAGAUUAACAUAUUCAAACGAAGGGAUCUUAUACGAAGAUAAUACUAUUCAAAUUGGUAUCAAAGCUGAAUAUCAUGGACAUCUCGGACGAUUAGCCUUAUUCUUCGGGAACAAAUCUGAACAAACACUGACGAGGUUUGAUUUAUCAAUUGAUAAUCCGAUAUCCAACUGUCUAGGAGUGAAAUUCCAUGACUCACCUAUAUCCGAGAUUGUCGGUGGAGCUCAGAUUCAAGAAAUGUUACAUAUAGAAUGUAAAUCACCUUUUGGACUGGCUCAACAUGGAAAUGGUUUAGGUCAAUUACCAUUAAUUAGAUUGAGCUACCAAGUCGAUGGAACAGACGAUAACAAGGAACCGAAAAUAUUGGUAUUGAAAUUACCUAUCGUACUUAGUAGAUUUGUUGAGGGUGUUAAUCUUGGAUCGGGGCCUUUCUUUGAAAGAUGGAAAAUCAUUGGGGGCGCACCAAGAGAAGCUCAGCAGAUAUUCCCUAUCCGACUUACAUCUUCGAACGAAGUUGAUAUCGCACGUAAUAACAGGAUCGUAUCUGGUAAUCGACUUUCAGUAUUGAGCGGUAUAGAUCCCAAACCUGAGAAUAUCGUCUUCGCCGGUGUUUUGCACAUGUCAGAAGCUGGGAAAGUUGGUAUAUUAGGUCGAUUGGAACCUAACAAAGAAGCCAAAUUGUGUAGAUUGACAAUCCGAUCGACCAACGAAGAUGUUUCUGCUGAGAUACUGAGAUUGACAAGUAAACCUCUGAAUUUAGAUGUGGCCAGUAGCUUGUAA